CAUUUUUACUUUCAGCUUUGCUUUUGUUGUUGGGAAGUUUGAUGGCUGAUCAUGAAGUUUCCAAAGCUUCUUCAGUAAUGGAAACACUAUGCAAUCAAGCUGGUGACAAUUUCCUCUUUUGCAUCCAUUGCUUGGAGAAAACCGGCCACGAGGACAUGAACGAAUUAGGCAGCGAUACAAUUUCUUGCGCUCAGCGUUCUGUUUCAAUUGCUCGCAAAUCCCUCCAGGAUUUGGCCAAAAACUCUUCAGGCGUACUUCGAGAUGCAGCAGAAUAUUGUUUGCCUCGGCUUGAUGAAGCAGCUAGUGAUUUUAAAACGGCACUCAGUUAUUGGAAAUAUUUGCACAAAAAGGAAACACUAGAAUAUGUCAAUUAUGGUGGGGAUGAUUAUUACAAAUGCACUUGGCGUCUCCCUAAUAAUGAAACUUCACCAGAAUUAAAUCGACAAUUAAAUUGUAUCCGGGGUCGUUACGAAGUUAUUUUAUCAGUUAUCAAAUCAAUUCCUGUAUAA